AUGGUAUUACUAGAGCUUUUAAAAGAUAUUGCUACAGCUAUAGACUGUGUUAAAUUAUAUAUUGAUGGAAAUAGAUCAUUUGACCCCAAAAAUACCUUGAAUGAUAUACGAAUAAUAUUAACAACUAUUCGUACCCAUAUGCAAAGG